UGACUGACAACAUGAUUGUGUGUUAAAUUAAUAUGAAAGACAUUUUUAAUUGACUCCUUAAAAAGUAAUAUGGACACAACAACAUGCAAUACUGUACAUUUAAUGCAACGUGGGCUUGUAGUCUUCGCUCAUGUGAAGUUGGAGAAAUCACCAGUGUUGUCAGUUAUGGCUUCGAUGCAGAGCAAUGGGCGAAUACGAUUGAAGAGGAGACCGUGAAUGAAGAUGGAGUGUUCAUGGUUGACGGGGAUGAGAAGCCAUGUGAACUGACCCUCACCUGCCAGGACACCAAGCAGGGUUGUCACGCCAUCUCUGACAUUGUCAUUAUCAGUGACGCUCGUAACGUGGAGGUGUACAAUGAUGUGACAGAAUACGUGGAAACGGUGCGUGGCAGUCUCGUCAGUCCAGGUAGUAAAGAAGUUGUGUAUUGCUUACAGAUACACAGUGAAACCCCAUUGAGGAAAUGCACUCUAAAGUUUGUGUCGUUGUUCCGAGCCAGACAGCUGACGCUGAACGCGCUUCACGUUGUGCUGCGAUCGGAGGCGCCUCGCCCCGCUGCGGUCGCCGCGGCAACCCGCGCCGGCGUCGACUUCGAGAAGGUUGAGCGGAUGCUGCGGGGCGUGCGGAUCUCGGACGACGCGCGGAACAUGAUGACGAGCAUCAGUGCUCAUCAGCGGGCGACGACAUCUAGUCCGGCCGUGUCAGAGGGGCCCCCCGCGUCGCAGGGCCCCCCCGCGUCCAUGGCGUCCAUGAUGGCUCUUCUCUCCAUGCUCGGAACGCGGCAACAUCAACCGUCGCCGCUAACAGACGCAUCGUCAUUGACCGAAAGCGCCGACGGCACUCGCCAGGUGGCAGCACCUACGGGAGUGGUAGCCGGCGAGCGGGCGGAACUGUCGCAGCACGUCAGCGGUCGCCCCGCAGAGGCGCCCUCUGUCGGCGACGGUGGCGCGGACGACGCGGCGGGACGCGGUGACAUAGAGGGCGCUGUGGCAUGCAAGCGCUGCGACGCGGCGCGGACGACGGAGAGCAUGCUGGGAGCACUGGAGCGCCGUCUGGUGGCGAGGUUCGAGCAGCGAUUCGACGACAUAGACAGGAACCUCGAGCGGAUACUCACACUGCUCGACAAGCGAGCAUCCGACACGUAGCGCCCCCUUCUCCCCGGGAACUGUACACGUGUUCCGUUGUUUUAGGAACGUAAUGGUAAACAGUCAUGACUGUCAUGAGUCUAAAAUGUCGUAAUAUUUGUACGUUGAAAUGGGGGGGAGGGGGGUCUCUGAUAACGAUUUAGGGGACUAUUUCCAGUAGCAUCGCGAAUAGUUGACACAUCAUGAAUAUAAAAAUCUGUCGAAGUUAUAAAAAGUGUCGAGAAACUUUCGACGGGUUGUGACGGAUUUUUAUAUUCAUGAUGUGAUAACUAUUCCGCGAUGUUACUGAAAAUAGACCCCUGAAUCGUAAAUCGGCAAAUCACGACACAAGUCGGGUUUCACGCACGUAUAAAGGCUUUGUUUCGUAUUCCGAAGAGCAAGGUGCGAGAGAGAGCACCAUGCGGUUUAUGUAUGCACAAGUAUAACAAUGUUGCGUGAACCACCGAUCACAGAAAACUGCUGAUUGUAGAGUAUCUAGGAUAUAUCUGUUGUAUAUACGUCGAUUUUAAGGAACACGAAAAUACGGUAAAAUGUUUAAAUUGAUUUUUUUUGUAAUAAAAUAAGAUCAUGAGUACCUCUUGCUGA